AGGGGGUGAGUUGUGUUUGUUGAGCGCGAUUCGCUUCCUGAUCGUGUUGAAGUCAUUUUUUUGGGUUUUAUUUCAAAUUUUGAAUCGGCCCCGAGGUUUAAAUCAACACAGUCGACAAAGGGUCUUCAUCGUUAUCAUCGUCAACAUCGUCGUCGUCGUCGUUAGUACGAUUGUUUGGGGUCUACAAUUGACUUCCGUGAUGCUGCUGCCGCCCGUCAACUUGCGUGGGCCUCGCUGUAGAUGACGCGGAAGCGGUCUGACGUCUGGGCCAUCGGAACACAACGCAGGGCGGUGAGGAAGGUGGGAGGCGGGAGGCCGGGCGGUGGCGCGCGGCGGUAACGCCCAGGCGGCCCAGGCGAGCGGCAGGCUCCAGGCCCCGGGCGCCACGGCAACGAAGAUGGCGCCGUGGAACGUGACCGGGGGGGCAGCCUUGACCCCUGCCCCCGACACGCGUGGGGGCGGCGACGGGGGGGGCGGCACCAUCGCCCCCCCCUCUUCCUCGUCUUCCUCCUCCUCCUCGCUCGGAUUCAUCCUCCUGCCCUUCGGACUCGUCGCCAUUAUCGCGGUCGCCAUCAUCAUGGCGAUGUACAUCCGCAAAAGGAAGCGGCUGGAGAAGUUGCGCCACCAGCUGAUGCCCAUGUACAACUUUGACCCGAGCGAGGACCAGGACGAGCUCGAGCAGGAGCUGCUCGACCCCAGCGGAGAUGGCCCCCUUGCCGGCAAGGGUCCCGGCGCGACACAGAGCACCGUGCAGAGGCCCAGCCGCUUGGUGUUCACCGACGUCGCCACGGCCGCCAUGAACGCUUGACGUCACCCCCCACUCCCCCCCCCCCUUGCCCCUGUGCCCCCCACUCCUCCGCCCCCCCACGCCGGGUUCAAGGGUUGAGGGUUGUAGGGCGAGUGGUGCGGAGUCUGGGUGGUGGGUGGAGAGGCAAUUGUGAGCGAGGAGAGGGAGGAGAGCGCAACAAACGCUCAGCGACGAAGGUUGAUGGUCGACGUUUACAACACCGAUGGGGCGAUGCCAAUUACCCAUAAUUCUCCUGGUCUCUUCCUGCUGAUCGCCUCCCUUCCACUCUGAGUCGUCACUCCGGCAAAAUGGGUCACACAUGCAAAGCAUUGUGGGUAAGGCCUAAGCGUCCGAGCGGCUGCCACCCACUCCCCCUCCUGCCUGUCCCAGAGAGAUUGGUGUUAAAACUUCCUCCCACAAUACACUGCUCCGCGUAAGCACAGUGGAGUGGAGUGUUAUUGUUGCAUAUUUCUAGAUUUGAAGCUUUCGUGACUGCAAGGAUUCAUAUUCUUAGGUUUUUUCGGUAAAGUCACGUAGGUAAAAAAUUUAAAUGAAUAAAAGUAA